UUCUUUAUUGGAUUUGAUCACUCACGCAUAUAUGAACUGAUCAAUCUAACGCAUAUGAAUAUAUACAUAUAAUAAUUAAUAAUACAUGCAUAUACAACACGAAGAGAUGGUAAACAUGUAAUCAACUAAACCUAAUAUAAUUACGCGUCGUAUAUAUACAAAGUAUAUCAGCCCAUGACGACGACCGGUAAUCGUUGGCUUGUAUAAUCCUUAACCCUUUACAAAAAAAAAAAAAAUAGAAAUCCUUAAUCCUUUCAUUGAGUGUCCCCUAUAAUAUAUGGACUAAAGAAAUCUAAUUAAAAUCCACCAAGAAAACAAACGAACUACAAUAUAAUGACCCAUAUCGACACCUACCCAAAUUGACAUUAUUUUACUGAUAAAUGGAGCUUUUAUUAUGAUAAGAUGGACGAAACACAGAUCCUAGGUUUUAAAAAUUAGUCACAACUCACAAGUAAUUGGUUAGGAACGUAGGAUUUGCUUAUAAACCAAAAAAAAAACGAAAAUAAUUUUGAAGAAAAUAAUAAUAGUUAAUCUCUCCUUUUAUCGGAAAAAUAAAAGUUCAAACAAAACAAAAGAAGCAAAGAGACAUAAAAUUAGUGUAACGAAGGCAUAAAUGACUAAAUGAGACGCACACAUAACCAUCCACUGAUCCAAGUACUGUCUCGCAUAUAUAUGUUUUUGCCCUAAACACGUGGCGUUCUCCUAUUCCCAAAUGUUAAUCUCUUCGGCCACCGGAGAGACACAGAAAGAAUAUAGAGAAAUAGAAAAGAGAGAGAGAGAGAGUGAAGAGAGAGAUAGAGGAAAGAGAGAGAGAGAGAAAUGGAUCAAGAUCAUGAGUUAUGGCGGACGCUAAGAUGCGCAGGUAAAGCGCAAGAUAACACCUCUGUUCAUACUCUCAUGCUUAAGUACCGUCCGAUCGCUCCAAAGCCGACGACUACUGGUCAACCAUUCGUCGGAGAUACGAGUAUCAUGAGAAGGACGAAGAGGAAGUACGUUAGGGUUUCCAAGAAUAGUAAAGCCACGUGUCGAUCAAAGACGGACGACGGCGUCAGAUCUAGCUCGACAGAUCCGGAGAAUGGUCGGGAAGAUAUCGUCACGCUACAGCUCUUGCCGGAGAGAUCUACGCCGUUGAGUUUGGAUCAUCAUACUAAUCUGGAUCCAGCGGUGGAAGCAAUGAUCGGAGAUGAAACCUGUGAAACGGACACGUGGCUCAAGUUUAACGGCGGCGAUGAAGUGCUGCUGCAACGGGUUCCGGUAGAGACGUGGGUGACGGUGGAGUCCGUUAACAGUGGCUCGGUAUCCCAUGCGGUAGGGUUAACGGACGAAGAGAUCAAGGAUGCUUUAGACAAAGACACGUGUCCUGGUUUCAUAUCGGAUGGUUCGAACCGUGUUGUAAUGGUUAACGAGGCUUACCGGAAGAUAGUAACCGGAGACGGCGGGUUCGGUGGAGAGGUGAUUGUAUGGUUGGUGGUUGACCAAACGGCGACGUUUUUUGACUACCGAACUUUUACGUGUAAGGUAAGACUGGAAUACACGUGGCAAGAGACCAAGUACACUAAAACGGUGCCGUGUGAUGUGUGGAAGAUGGAGUUUGGUGGAUUUGCAUGGAGGUUGGAUACUAGUGCAGCUUUAACUCUUUGGCUCUGAUGAGGUAUAGAGGUUCAUCGUCACAAAAUAGAAACAAGGGAGAAUUGGCAUUUCAAGAGAGUGAACAUAUCUAAAUCUAUUGAAGUUAUAUAUGUUGAAUAUAAAUGUAGUUUAUGGUUGAGAGAUAAAUGAACUGUACUGGGACACUAUUAUGCAUUCAUGCACCAAAGCCACCAACAACAUAUACAUAUUUGUAUGUACUUUUAUUUAUGUAUAUUUUGGAGAAAAGAUAAAUAAACAGUUAA